AUGACAGGCACCAUUAACGCUGCUGUUCUAACGUACCUCAAGGAGCAUUACCCCGACGUUGCUCACGUUUUUGAACAGGAAGCAUACAUCUCCAAGUCGCCCCUCCUCCCAAAUGCUACGACGGUAGAAACACUCAUUGCUUCCCAACAACGUGGAGUAAAACAUCGACUUGACUAUCCGUCAUCAGAUGGUGAAAAACCUUCCAGAAAGCAGUGCAGAACGGAACUCAAUGCAGCCGUUCCGGACAGUUCCUCCGACGAUGAUGAUGCGCCCGUGCGGAAGCCAGCACAAAAGGCCAAGGCGUCGCCCGCAAUGAGGCCAGCACCGAAGAAGGCCGCCGUUCCGGACAGCUCCUCCGACGAUGAUGAUGCGCCCGUGCAGAAGCCAGCACAAAAGGCCAGGGCGUCACCCGCAAUGAGGCCAGCACCGAAGAAGGCCGCCGUUCCGGACAGCUCCUCCGAUGAUGAUGAUGCGCCCGUGCGGAAGCCAGCACAAAAGGCCAAGGCGUCACCCGCAAUGAGGCCAGCACCGAAGAAGACCGCCGUUCCGGACAGUUCCUCCGACGAUGAUGAUGCGCCCGUGCGGAAGCCAGCACAAAAGGCCAAGGCGUCGCCCGCAAUGAGGCCAGCACCGAAGAAGGCCGCCGUUCCGGACAGCUCCUCCGACGAUGAUGAUGCGCCCGUGCGGAAGCCAGCACAAAAGGCCAAGGCGUCACCCGCAAUGAGGCCAGCACCGAAGAAGGCCGCCGUUCCGGAAAGCUCCUCCGACGAUGAUGAUGCGCCCGUGCGGAAGCCAGCACAAAAGGCCAAGGCGUCACCCGCAAUGAGGCCAGCACCGAAGAAGGCCGCCGUUCCGGACAGCUCCUCCGACGAUGAUGAUGCGCCCGUGCAGAAGCCAGCACAAAAGGCCAAGGCGUCACCCGCAAUGAGGCCAGCACCGAAGAAGGCCGCCGUUCCGGAAAGCUCCUCCGACGAUGAUGAUGCGCCCGUGCGGAAGCCAGCACAAAAGGCCAAGGCGUCACCCGCAAUGAGGCCAGCACCGAAGAAGACACCGAGGUCGGAAUGUUGUGGUGAAGAGGAACCCGUAAAAAAGAGUGUUCGGACAGAAAUCGUGUCAGCUGGGCCAGGGGGUAAGGAGUGGGAGGAUAAUAACGUUAACAGCACUCGAAAAAGUAAUGGCAAUGAAGGAACUGCAUUACGUCGUUUUCAACGUAUUGACCCCACAAAGGUUGUGUUUGUUAAAGAUGAAUUAAGAAAUAACCGACCAGGUGGCGAGCACAUGGCGUUUCGGCAAAAUCAAGAGAUGAUGCGGGUAAAGGGUAAGAAUUUUAACAAGUUGAAACAGAAAAAUAAGGCUAAGUUUUAUGCUGCUGGGGUGGACACUAAUGUUAGGUCAUUUCAGUUUGAUGAUAGCGAUUAG